AUGCCUGUCCGGACGGAUCUGGUUCUACUCCUCUUUCACUUCUGGCUGGAGAAUGUACUUAUUCCUCUUCUUAGGGCCUAUGAAGCGAAGCUUAGGGAACUACAAACUCAAGCUCUGGAUAUAUACGGUAAGUUGCCACGUUUUCUGCCUAUUACAUGCUGGCUGUGCGUUUUCAGUGUCCUUUAGCACCAACUAAGGGGUAAACACAAGUCUUCUCCAUGCAUUAAUGUUAUUUAAUCCGAAUGAAGGAGGCUGGGCAUGUACGUUAGUCUUGUUAGUACAGAUAAGAGACAGACUGAAUGCAACCCUUAAUGAUUGGACACUUUAAGGGUCAUGCUCUGAGAUUCAUUCAUGAGUAUCCCGCCAAAGGGCCUUGCUAACUAAAACUAAAUGCAUUGGUAGGUAUUUUGAAAAGCUUCCAUAAAAUUGCUUGCGUGACAUAUGCCGGAAGUGGUUUUACUGGUUAAACUUGGAAAGAUGUAAGGAGUUCUCACUUUCCGUGCAGGAGAAGCACGAAACGUUCUUCUAGGCCUUAUAGAAAGCUACUGGCAUCCGUUUCUUACUCAUUUACUCUAAAUCUGGGCAGUAGACGUUGAGACUGGAUGGGAUGGCCCACAACUGAGAGAAAACCAACUUUCGAGAUUUGCAGAAGGACUUCAAGAGUUCGGUCAGAAAGUGCGAUGUCGGGAUGGGAUGGGAUGUAGGAAUGUCCUGUUAGAAGAGGAUGACUAAACCAUGGUCGACAUAUCGACGUCCAACGCUACCCUACCUAACCAAUAGGGUGGGAACAGGGUGGAUUUGUGCAGAAAAUAACCCAUGACAAACAGCGUCGCUCCCCCGAGUCUAAUAACUACAUCCUUAGGCGAAUGCUCCUGUAUGCGUCUGUUGUUUUUUCCUAGGUAAUUACUCCACGGUUGCUGCUCAGGGGGAUGCAUCUAGCGACGGAUCAUCCCAACAUUUCCCCCACAUCUACCCCUUCCCCGAUCUCGGCUUUCCAUCACCGCUGCCUCCGACUCCCACCACCUCAUGCUCCAUCAACUGCCCCCCAUCCACCGCCACCUACCGGAUCGUACAUUCUGCAGAAACGCCAUCCACACCGUCAUCCGCAGAAGAUUCAUCAUUUGAACAUUCAUUGCCUGUUCCGACACCCAGGCAUACGGAUUCUCUUCCCUGGAUGGCGGCGAUUGGCCAGACAUUCGACAUCCAUCUCCCAAAACGCCCUGUCGCCGCUCCUGCUCAAACCCACAAUGGCCAAACAUUUGACAUCGUCGACGAGGAUCCGACAGACGUCGACAUAGCCAGGCUGCCAAGUCUCAGCAGCCAGGGAGAGGCCACAUCCGAAUAUACAAAGGCGUUCUCCACGCAUCCAGUCUCAAUGGACUCGACUAGAAGCUCGGUUUCACGACUCGGACAGGUCAACAGCCUGGUGGAGCGUGUGUCUUUCAGGUAAUUGUCCUUUACCAGUAUGUCUCAACACUACACACGCAAAACAUGCCAAAGGGCAGUCAGAUUUUAAGUCAAGACGAGAAAGAGCAUAGACUGGGGCCCAAUGGCCAUCACCAUAUUACUUCCUCGCCCAUAUGCCAGUCUUUAAAUGUCCACCCCCUACCCUUGCUUACAUUUCAGUGAAUUGAUUCUGAUUCCAAGUAUUCGGAAAAUGGAGGCUGGAAGCGUACCUCACGGCGUAACUGAGCUGUACGAGCCCAUCAAAACGGAGACUUGCCUGAGUAACGCUGAGCGUCAAGCCUAUCCACGCAUCCACAUUCAGAGGAAGCAGGGUAAGCAGCAAUACUCACCAAAUUUAAUAUGUCAUUCAGAGCAGCUUAACCCUUGAAAUUUUGAAUACUGCGUUACAUGCAUGUAGUGGAAGACAAUUUAAGCUACUAACUCACCUUACUCAAUCCAGUGUCCCGAGACGAGCCCCUAAGUUUUCUUUUUGCAGCUGUCUUGAGGCCAACAGUCUCCGUCAUAAGGGCUCGUUCUGGCAGUGUUACUCUGCGCGCAAGCCAAGUUUCCAAUGAACCACUGCCAACUCCUCGUCGGGUAGGUCAUUUUCCUACAUCAUGUUAGGCCAUAGUACUUGAGUCCCAGUGGACAGAGCAUGCAUUUUCACUCUCCUCAUUAACUCCAAAUCUGUCCUUUCAGCGGCGGUCGGCAGUGGCACGAGUCCUGCGGAGAAUUUGGCGUCGACUGUGCACCUGUGUCAGACCAGAAGUCGAGUGA